GUCCGCGGGGGCUGCGGGCGGAGCGGCCCCGGCCCCGGCCCCUCCCAGGGGCGGAGGGAGCCGAGCCAAGCCGAGCCCGCUGGAAUCGCGCUGCCCGCCUGCUUCAUCCCCUCCGUCUUCCCAGCGGCUUCGGUAUGUCGUCGGGCGGCAGUCUGAGCACCAUGCAGCGGCUGGUGGAGCAGCUGAAGCUGGAGGCGGCCGUGGAGAGGAUCAAGGUGUCUCAGGCAGCUGCAGAACUCCAGCAGUACUGUAUGCAAAAUGCCUGCAAAGAUGCCUUGCUUGUUGGGGUUCCUGCAGGGAGCAAUCCCUUCCGUGAACCCCGAUCCUGUGCUCUGCUCUGAAAUCAGGGAAGGUCAUUGGAGAAUUGCCUUCAAGCAUGACAUGAAUAACAACUGCCUUUCCUUCACAAGAAAAGUCUCUGUCUUUUAUGUGGCUAAAACAACAUCCUAGAUAUCUGUUUGUGUGUUCUUGUGAAUCUGUAUUCCACUAUAUUUUAGUAAUGUUCUUGAAGUUUUUUAAUGUAACUGUUUUUUCAUAAUCAUCACCACUUUUACUACACUAUGCUAACUGUAGAAAUUUUACUUAAGAAGUUUACAUUUUAGAAAUGAAAAACAUGUGAAUUUUUAAUCAAAUUACUUACUCUCAUCUUGAUAAACCAUAACACCAGAAUAAUAGCAAAAACUACUCAUGGGGAUUUUUUUUUCCAAAAUAAAACAACCUAGAAGUGAAUAAUUAAAGUAUAAAGCUAAAUGCUGUUAGAGCUGAAGUAAUGUCCUCAGGAGACAUUUUGCCUCCAUUAGCAAGACCUGGAACCAACUUUAUUUUUUUUUCAAGUGCAUCUCAGUGCAUAAAUGACACAUUUUAGUAAAUGCUGAACACAAUAUGUAACAGAGGCCUGAUUCCUAAAGCAUGUUUCUUGCAAUACAUCUUAUCUGUAAGCCUUCUUCUAUUUUGUUACAGUACUGCUGCGGUGGAAUUUUCUUGAACGUAUUUAACAUGUUACCAAACAGACACUAAGAAUCUGUGAACACCCAAAGAUAAUUGCAUGCUUUGUUGUCAUGGUUUGCAAUACACAGAAUUUACUAAAAUGUGCUUUGCCUUCACUUUUUUGAUAGAGCACUUUUACAAGAACGACUUUUUUUAUAGGUUUUUAAUUUUGAGUACUUCCUAUUGUUUGUAUUAAUCUUUUAGAACUUUGGAAAUAAAAUUACUAUCCCUCUUGGCUUUGAACUCA